CGCUAUAAAUGCUGUUGUCCACCUUUAUGCUCUAACUUGGAGGCAGAGACCCAAGCAGCUGGAGGCUCUGUGUGUGGGUCGCUGAUUUGUUGGAGCCUGAAAAGAAGGAGCAGCAACUGGACCCAGAGCCAUGUGGCUGUGCCCUCUGGCCCUCACCCUCAUCUUGAUGGCAGCCUCUGGUGCUGCGUGCGAAGUGAAGGACGUUUGUGUUGGAAGCCCUGGAGUGAAGGACGUUUGUGUUGGAAGCCCUGGUAUCCCCGGCACUCCUGGAUCCCACGGCCUGCCAGGCAGGGACGGGAGAGAUGGUCUCAAAGGAGACCCUGGCCCUCCAGGCCCCAUGGGUCCGCCUGGAGAAACGCCAUGUCCUCCUGGGAAUAAUGGGCUGCCUGGAGCCCCUGGUAUCCCUGGAGAGCGUGGAGUGAAGGGGGAGCCUGGUGAGAGAGGCCCUCCAGGGCUUCCGACUCAUCUAGAUGAGGAGCUCCAAGCCACACUCCACGACUUCAGACAUCAAAUCCUGCAGACAAGGGGAGCCCUCAGUCUGCAGGGCUCCAUAAUGACAGUAGGAGAGAAGGUCUUCUCUAGCAAUGGGCAGUCCGUCACUUUUGAUGCCAUUCAGGAGGCAUGUGCCAGAGCAGGCGGCCGCAUUGCUGUCCCAAGGAAUCCAGAGGAAAAUGAGGCCAUUGCAAGCUUCGUGAAGAAGUACAACACAUAUGCCUAUGUAGGCCUGACUGAGGGUCCCAGCCCUGGAGACUUCCGCUACUCAGACGGGACCCCUGUAAACUACACCAACUGGUACCGAGGGGAGCCCGCAGGUCGGGGAAAAGAGCAGUGUGUGGAGAUGUACACAGACGGGCAGUGGAAUGACAGGAACUGCCUGUACUCCCGACUGACCAUCUGUGAGUUCUGAGAGGCAUUUAGGCCAUGGGACAGGGAGGAUCCUGUCUGGCCUUCAGUUUCCAUCCCCAGGAUCCACUUGGUCUGUGAGAUGCUAGAACUCCCUUUCAACAGAAUUCACUUGUGGCUAUUAGAGCUGGAGGCACCCUUAGCCACUUCAUUCCCCUGAUGGGCCCUGACUGUUCCCCAUAAUCACUGACCAGCCUUGACACUCCCCUUGCAAACCAUCCCAGCACUGCACCCCAGGCAGCCACUCCUAGCCUUGGCCUUUGGCAUGAGAUGGAGCCCUCCUUAUUCCCCAUCUGGUCCAGUUCCUUCACUUACAGAUGGCAGCAGUGAGGCCUUGGGGUAGAAGGAUCCUCCAAAGUCACACAGAGUGCCUGCCUCCUGGUCCCCUCAGUUCUGCCUCUGCAGCUCACUGUCUGCCCAGUGCCAUCAGGAUGAGCAGUCCCAGCCAAGCAUAAUGACAGAGAGAGGCAGACUUCAGGGAAGCCCUGACUGUGUGGAGCUAAGGACACAGUAUAGAUUCUCUGGCACUCUGAGGUCUCUGUGGCAGGCCUGGUCAGGCUCUCCAGGUGUUCAGAGGGCCCAGUGGUGCCCCAGCACGGUGGUGCCCAAGUCAACCCUGUGACUGACAUGUACGAUUCACUCCUUUGAGUCUUUGGACGCCAACUCAGCCCCCUGACCUGGAGGCAGCCGGCCAAGGCCUCUAGGGAAGAGCCCCCCACUGCAGACAUGACCCGAGUAACUUUCUGCUGAUGAACAAAUCUGCACCCCACUUCAGACCUCGGUGGGCAUUCAUACCACCCCCCAUGCCACCAGCUCCACUUUCCCCUUUUAUUAAUACAUUCACCCAGAUAAUCAUUAAAAUUAACGUGUGCCAGGUCUUAGGAUGUGUCUUGGGGUGGGCACAGUACCUGGUGACUAUUGGGGAUAUUUAUUUAUUUUCCCUGAGCCUAUAUCUUCAUCUGUGAAAUGGGGAUAAAAAUACUUGUUGCUGUCACAAUUAUUACCAUCUCUCCAGCUAGCAAAAUUACUACCAGAGCCGUUACUACACACAAAGGCUAUUGACCGAGCACAUACCAUGUGCCACACACCUUGACAAGAUCUUUUAAUACAGUUUAUUAUGUACUAUUCAAUCUUUACACAAUGUCACGGGACCAGUAUUGUUUACCCAAUUUUUUAUAAGGACACUGAAGCUUAGAGGAGUGGAAUGUUUUGAGUAUUAUUUCAGAGAGCAAAUGGCAAAGGCUGGAUCCAAACCCAUCUUCCUGGACCUGAAGUUCAUGCUCCCAGCCACCCCACCCCUGAGCUGAAUAAAGAUGAUUUAAGCAUAAUAAA